AUGAACAUGACAUUUACCCUGGCUAGGAAAUUAGCUGACUUUACAGCGGAAGUCGUGGAGUAUUUUACCAACUAUAUAGUCAAUGACAGUUUAGGAAUUAUUUCAAAUGCCCACACAGUCUUUGCUGAUAGGGAACCUUACAAGGCAAUGAGUGAUCCUUGUCUAGAGCUUGCGAGGCUGUUUUCAAUUGCAGUUGACUUCCCUAAAACUGGAGUUCCAGCUGAGAUACCCCCUCAACUGCGUGUCAAAGAGUAUCCAGAUUUCUUGGAAAAGCAGGACAAAACCACCUACACAUAUCAGAAUGCGUGA